CUGUCUGUCCCCAUCUCAAGCUGCCGUCUUCUUCAUCGUGCAUCGGCCAGUAUCCAGGGCUCGUUAAUCCAUUCACUCACACCCAGAUUAGCCUUUCUUCGUACUCUCUCGAAGCCGACCAUGGCCGACGCUGAUGUUGCGACCAAGGCGCCUGAGAGCGAUGCUCAGGAGGACGUCCAACAGCCUACCGAUUCAAGCGCUGCUGAGGAGGGUCCAGCACAGCCCAAGAUGGGAGAGCACUGUGUGACUGAUAGACCAACUCCGAGCGGCGAGGGCCCAACUGGAGAGAUUAGGAAGCUCAACGACAUCGACGUCUACGUCUCCAAACCCAGCGAAUACCCCCACGUACCGGCACGACUGCUGCUGCUUCUGACUGGCGGGACGGGCCUGAAAUCCGCCAACAAUCAAAUACAGGCCGACAGGUUCGCCAGCGAGGGCUACUUAGUGGUGAUGCCUGACCUUUUCCAGGGUGAUGUAGCGCCCAACUCCACAACGGUCGAUGCAGAACAGGCAGCCGAGGGCACCAGCUCUUUCCUCGACACUUUCAAAAUCAAGGCGGCCGAGACUGCCAAGAGCUUUCUGAUCGAUAUGUGGCUGGCAAGGCACACCGAGGAGAAGGUGCUCCCCAUCCUGCACAAGGUCAUCGAUGGGGCCAAGGAUGAGUUCGCGGAUGCCGUCUCAAACGGGGGUGGGAUUUAUGCUGUGGGGUACUGCUUUGGUGCAAGAUACAUCCUACUCUUGGCUGCGGAGCGGAAGCCGGUCGUCAGCGGUGGAUUCCUGGGUGGAGCGCCCCAGCCUGCAGAUGAGGAGGCGGGUGCUUCUGCGAAUAACGGCCCCUUCAUCAAGGCGGGCGCGUUGGCCCACGCGACUCUCGUGGCAAGGGAGGACUUCGAUGGGCUCAAGGUCCCAGUGAGCCUGGUCUGCGUGGAGAAUGAUCCUAUGUUCCCAGACGAUGUACGGACGUACGGCGAGAACUAUUUAGCGAAGACGAGCGUUGAGCACGAGGUCCAGGUCUACCCGGGAGUGCCCCAUGGCUUCGCAGUUGUUGGUGACUAUGAGGACGGCACCAUCAAGGAAGCGCAGAGGACCGCGUUUGAGCAGAUGUUAAAGUGGUUGAAAGAUCACUAAAACCCCUCUGGGACAUGAUUACAAUGGGACGCAGGUAUGGCAGCUUUCAGCUAUGAUUUGAGGGUUGCUCAGGCUUUCCAGAUAUGGUACCCUCGUGAGAGACCGAAUUCAUGAUUAUGGUCAGCACUUUGUGCUUCCAGACUUGUGUCAUUUUACAGUCGAACACCGCGAUUGAAUUACAGCACAGCGAGAAAUAUUCUGCUUAUUCG